AUCGACGGACUCGUGGACGAAGCAGCCAGGACGCGGGAGGAGCGUCGGUAGCCAUGUCUUCCUCGGCGGUGGCGUCGUGUCCCUCUGCCCCGGCCAUGUCGACCGAGUUCUUCGGCGUCUACCAGAGCAUGGUGGGCGAGCCGGGCACCGGCUACAGCUACUUCACGCCGCCAUCGAUGUCCGGUCCGGGCCUGGAGUGGUCGGCCGUGGAGAAGCUGAUGCACGCGGACGAAGACCGCUUCGAGGAGGCCGUCAGCUCCAUGGGCGUCAGGGAGCUCCUGGACCUGGUGUCCGGCCUGCAGUCCGCCAUGGCCGAGGAGCAGCGUCGCUUCGACGCCCUGGGCCUGCAGCUGCAGCGCUGGCCCCUCUCCCAGGCGGAUUCCGACGAGCAGAGGGCGCUGUCGGCCGCCCUGUGCGCCUCGCAGCUCAAGCUGGCCAGGCUGUGCGCCCGCAACAUGCGAUGCUUCACCCAGCAAGCGAUCCGAGCCAAGGAGGACCAGGCACCGGAGCCCAAGUCGGGCAGUAGCCGAGCCAAGCCGCUGGCGCCAUCCCCCCUGAAGAAUUCCUCCAUGUGCCAAGUGGUCGACCAUGACUUUGCGGACGAGGAGUUUUGCAGCACCGACGAGGAGCUCAAGAACUCGAGGCUCAUCCGACAGAACCUGCUGGACAUCUCCGAUUUCGAUGAGGUCGAGGCGGCCUUCUCGUCCAUGAUGGAAGACGGCGCCGGAGACGAACUUCCGGCGGUGGCGCCCUACGAUGGCCGCUUCCACGACGAAGACGACGUCAUGGACGGCGACUACGACUCGAGGGAUUUUGUCGUCCAUCGGAACACAUUCAACUCGGUGGACGACUACAACUCGGAGGACUCCACGACGCACGGCAGUCCGCAGUCGGACUCGCUGCGCUGGCGGCCGCCGGAGCGCCGCCACCCGCACCACGACCCGAACGACCGCCACGACGACGACCGACGCUCCCCGGACUACGCCAGUUCGGAGGACGAGGCGGACUACCACGUGGACUACGCCUACGAGGGCGAGGACUCGCCGGACUUCGUGGACAACAGCGACGCGUACGCGACGGACCCCCGUCGCUACGUCUACUACCCGGAGGAGAAGGAGCUGGAGGUGAUUCCGGAGGAGGACGAGGAGGAGCUCCGGGAGCAGGCGGGCAGCCGGGAGGACGCUGCGUCGGACUGCUCCUACGGAGGUCUAUCCGCGAAGUUGCAGUCGGGUGAGACGUUGUGUAAAAAAGAGUUGCUCUGA